UUAUUUUGGAAGUCAGAUGCAGCGCUGUUUCAGAGAGUGCCACAAAAAAGGCGGAAUAUUUUUAAAUGCUGUGUAGUAAUUUAGAAAGAGAACAAAUUAAACAUUAGAGUGGAGAAACUAUAGUAUAUUUACUUUGUUAAUUUUCUAAAAUAAAAAUACCAGGCGUUUAUAGGAUGCUGAUCUGGAUCACGUGGUAGGACAUAAACAACAGGGGAGAUGUUUAGCUAUUUACCUGUUAGGAUUAACGUUAAGUAACGAAUGAACAGUGAUCAGUAUGUAUAGUGAUUAUGGCAGUGUUUUUGUGAGGGAGAGAGGAGAGCUGCACUGUGUAAAUGCUGAUGCGGGUCAGAACCUCUUAUCUAAACCCCACAGGCUGUUCCAGAGGGAUUUCUCAGUCAGACUCUGUACUGGGAGCUGUGAACCCAUCAGCAGACAGACCACUGACCACUUCAUCUUCACCUAUAACUCACAGGGCAGCCUGUGCUACACUGCCAGACCCCUGCUGGACAUUUCCCUGCACUUUAUAGCAGAUCAUAUCGAGCAUGUGGACUCUCUGGUGGGCUUUCCUGAGGAGAUGGCCCACAGGCUGUUUGUAGCUGCUGAAGAGAAGCAGAAAUUCUCAGACUCCUCCACUUCAGCCAGAGCUCUGCAGGUCUUCAGUGAGGCAUAUGGGGAGCUGAUGUUAAAGUCACUGUGUCUGAGGGACAGGGGUCUUCUGGUGUCUGAGAGGUUGGAGGAGAUUCAGGUGUUUUACCAACUGGAGAGUUUGGAUCUGUACGGGUGUAGGUUGGGCGACGAUCAUGAUAUUUUCAGACACAUCACUUCAGAGGCAUUCAGCAGACUUGUUCGUCUGUUUCUGGGGGAUAACUGUUUGUCGGAUAAAGGCCUCCAGAGACUGACCGCCCCAGUCAGAGUGAUGAAGAAAGGGCUGGAAAACCUCCAGCAACUGGACAUAUCCAGAAAUCCUCUUACAGAGAAAGGACUUGGAUAUCUGAUGUGCCUCAAAAACCUAAGAGAGCUGGACGUUUCUGGAACGAGUGUGAAGUCUGAUGCGUGUUUGAGGAGUUUGUUCAGCAGUAGGAUGGGGAUGGUGAUGUCACCAGAACCGCUGAGGAUUUUCUCUCACUGCGAAUGCAGAACUGAGGGAUGGGCUGAGGAGGUGAUCAAUCAGUGGGAAAGAAAAGCUUCAGAGUUGCGUAAGAAGGAUUCUAAACUGAGAACCAACGCUCUGCAGUUCUAUGGAAGAGAAAAGUUUGUCCGAGAAAAUAUACACACAAAAAGUGAAGUCCAAAAAAUCCAAAAUGAGUGCACUACAAUACACUUCUAUAAGCCUGAUCCUCACAGUACCUCACAACAAACUGAACACAAAAAAGACACUCCCAGCUCCCAGCUGACCCCACAGACGGGCAGGAAGAGGAGGCUCUGUAACGAAAGAGAAGAAAAGGAAGGAUUGAGUCCUCCUGCAAAGCGCCAGCCUGUGCGUUCCUUCACAGCUGAUGAUUUGGAUCUUCUGAACAGCUACUGAUACUAUUCACUGCAGGAGUCGCUGAGAGAGAACUAGUGGAUACUGGGUUAAAAGUGAGAUAGUGAGAUACAC